AUGAAAGUUUCCCAAGGAUACUUCAAGGGUGCCAUGAAUACUGCAGUUGAGCCACGGGCAAAUACAUAUCAGAAUUCCUUCGCGCUGCAUGUCCACUUUGAGGAGCAUAAUACAAACGCUGACCAAGAUGAGAGUAGCUUCCACGCGCUGGCACGACUGCUGGGCGUUCGCAAACAAGAAUCCUAUAUCAUUCCUGGUGCCGAUUCGUUCCCUUCCAAGAGUCUGCGAGCAAGGGUGGAGAAGUUUCUAAGACGACCUCUGGCCUCAGGAAGCACUGUGGUUCUUUUGCAUUACUCCGGUCACGGGUAUCUUAGUGACGAGAAGCUCAAUUUGAUAAAGCUCCUCCGGGAUGGGAGUUGA